AUGGGUGCUCUCGAAGUUCUUAAGAGGAAGUCUGGUGUUAUCGUUGGUGAUGACGUCUUGAACCUUUUCAAAUAUGCCAAGGAGCACAAGUUCGCCAUUCCUGCCAUCAAUGUCACUUCUUCCUCAACGGUAGUCGCUUCCCUCGAGGCGGCCCGCGAUGCAAAGUCCCCAAUCAUCAUCCAAAUGUCUCAGGGUGGUGCUGCCUACUUCGCUGGAAAGGGCGUCCCCAACACUGACCAAUUCGCCUCUAUCUCCGGUGCCAUCGCCGCGGCCCACUACAUCCGCUCAAUCGCCCCAGCAUACGGCAUCCCAGUUAUUCUCCACACCGAUCACUGCGCCAAGAAGCUCCUUCCUUGGUUGGACGGAAUGCUCGAUGCUGACGAGAAGUACUUCGCUGAGCAUGGAGAGCCUCUUUUCUCAUCUCACAUGAUCGAUCUGUCUGAGGAGGAGAAGGAAGAGAACAUUGCUAUUACGAAGAAGUACGCCGAGCGUGCUGCUCCUAUGAAGCAGUGGCUUGAGAUGGAAAUUGGAAUCACUGGAGGUGAGGAGGAUGGUGUUGACAACACCGAUGUCGACAACAGCGCCCUGUACACUCAACCCGAGGACAUUUAUGAGGUCUACAAGGCUCUAUCCUCUGUUUCCCCGUACUUCUCCAUCGCUGCCGCCUUCGGAAACGUUCACGGUGUGUACAAGCCCGGUAACGUCAAGCUCCACCCCGAGCUCCUCGGAAAGCACCAGGCCUACACCAGGCAGCAGAUCGGCGGUACCGAGGAGAAGCCAUUGUUCCUUGUUUUCCACGGAGGCUCUGGUUCCUCCAAGGAGGAGUUCAGACAGGGAAUUGAGAACGGUGUUAUUAAGGUCAACUUGGACACCGAUUUGCAGUACGCCUACCUGACUGGUAUCCGUGAUUACGUCCUCAACAAGAAGGAUUACCUGAUGCAGCAAGUCGGAAACCCUGACGGUGAUGACAAGCCCAACAAGAAAUACUUCGAUCCCCGCGUCUGGGUCCGUGAGGGAGAGAAGACCAUGACUGCCCGUGUCAAGGAGGCCUUGACUGACUUCAACACUGCCAACCAGUUGUAA